AUGCCACGACCAACAAUUAACCUCGAUCCCUAUAAAGAUGAAAUCAUCGCACUCCUCAACGAAGGCAAAUCAGCUAGAGAUCUUAUGAUCAUGCUGAAAGAACGCCAUGAUGUCACCAUCGGCGUAUCUACAAUCAAAAAACGCUUACAAAAGUGGGAGAUUGUUUGCAGCCGCAAAACUGACACUGUUCAAAACCGCGUCGCCCAGCUUCUUCCUCGCUUAAAUACCAAAGAGAUCCUAGAUGUUCUCCAAAAAGAGGGCAUGCCUUCUUCAGCGCGUACGCUCCAGAGAAUACGGCGGCGUCUUGGUAUCCGGCUUUGUAUUGAUGAACCCGAGGAACGGGCUGAGCGAGAUCGUGAAAUUGAAGCUGUUCUCAAACAGGAACAAUCUAUUGGAAAAAUUGAUGGGCUCGGGAGGCGGCUACUUUAUAGCCAUAUGCGCGGAUGA